CACAAUCGAAGUGUCAGAACGCCAUUCAAUCGCGCGGCGAGUCUCUCAAUCUUGUCUGGUCUGUUACAGGCAGAGAGCUUGUUGUCAUCAUGGCUUCCGAAGAAUCUCACGAAGCUCCGGUGGAUCUGACCGCAGAUUUCAAGUCCUUUCAAGACCAGGUUCAGAGCGCGCUUGUUAAUGUAACGAGAACAGCAGGCCGCGUUUCGAACGAGGAUCUAGGCUUUCACCGCUCGUCCAGCGAGAAAUUGUCUCGUGCUCUUGAUCGCCAAAAUGCUCAUCUCUUGCGUCUCACGAACAAGUUGCUCAAGGCUGCCACUACCGACACGAGUAUCAAACCCCCAACUCUUCAGAGCCCCGACGGGAUUGAUGACAAUUGGCGACGAGUUGUUGACAUAGUAGAUGAUCUUUUGGAGAAGGCAGACUCUGCUCUGGACGAGGUCUCUGGUGUCAUCAAGCGCCACAGUCCGAGUCUGAAAGAGGGAGAUGCGCCUUCACAGAAUGCAAAACUCGCCAGAGAUCGCUUUUCCCAUGUGAUGCAAAAACCACAAGUUCACUUUGAGAAAAAAGUCAAUAACCAUGAAACAAAGCCUUUCAAGCCUCUACUUCGUUCCAAGCCUCAUGCGAAAGUGCCGCUUGAGGAGUGCGUUGGUGAGGAACAAUCUGGGUACAAGCACCCCUAUGCCCCAGAAAUUGAAGACUACACCUAUCCACCCAGCGUUUAUGAGACUAGUUCGCCCAUUCCCUUCAAUCCACCUGAAAACACGGAACCGAUCUAUGUUGACACCGAAGAAGGCGUGAAAGAAAUGCUAGAAGAGCUAAAACAAGCCACAGAGAUAGCCAUUGACUUGGAACAUCACGAUACGCACUCCUUUAUUGGUAUUGUCUGCCUCAUGCAAGUUAGCACAAGAGAGAAAGAUUGGAUCAUCGAUACCCUCAAGCCAUGGCGAGAGAAUCUACAGAUGCUCAAUGAGGUACUGGCUGAUCCCAAGAUCCUCAAGGUCUUUCACGGCUCAAACAUGGACAUGAUCUGGCUACAGCGAGACCUCGGUCUAUACGUUGUCGGCCUGUUUGAUACAUUCCAUGCCUCUAUGGCGCUACAGUUCAACGGAAAAGGCCUCAGGCACCUUUUGGAACGAUUCGCCAACUUCGAGGCACAAAAACAGUACCAAACCGCGGACUGGCGGGUUCGACCUCUACCCAAGGAAUUGAUAGACUACGCUCGUUCAGACACGCAUUUCCUUCUUCAUAUCUACGACAACAUGAGGAAUAUGUUGAUCGAGUCUUCCACUCCCAACGAGAAUCUGGUUGAUUACGUCCUGCGAGAGUCAAAGAAAGAAUCUCUUCAGGUAUACGAACGUCCAGUGUAUGAUGCAGAGACCGGACGUGGCUCCCUAGGCUGGCUGAAUCUUCUCAUGCAGCGAUCAGUGUCUUUUGGACCAGAACAACUCAGUGUUUUCCGAGCAGUGCAUGAGUGGCGGGAUCGCAAAGCACGAGAGACCGAUGAAGGAUUACAAUUCAUCAUGCCCAACCAUAUCAUAUUUCAAAUAGCAGAAAGCAUGCCGACUUCAGCAUUCACCUUCCAUGCCACGGUUCGUCGCAACACCAAGGCGAUUUCGAAUUACCUUCCGGAAUUGAUCGAGAUUGUCAAGAAGGCCAAAGCCGAAGGAAAGGAAGGGAAGACUGUGCAGGAGGUCCUCAAGCAUGCCGAAGACGUGUAUGGUAUUGUCCCUCGUCGUGGGCCGAGAUAUUGGCCACGGCAACAACAACAACAACAGACUACGUUCGAAGGUGUAGGUGCCACGUUGCAAAAGCUCGUCGCUACUGCUGCCAAUGAAAGUGUGUCGUCUUCUGCUUCCCUGGCAGCUGACAUGCCUAUUGCCAAGCGAUCUACUUCUUCCCGCUUUUGGGGCACAAUUACACCACAGCAUGCACAUAUCGCGACCGAGACUACUACGGCUUUCGCUGCUUUAGCGUCUGUCCUUCCACUACACACCGCUCACAAUUCAGACAAGCUUUCCCAGCAGCCCACAGAACCAGCUCCCGAUAAUGCUUCGCAGCCUGCAGUGUCUGCCGAAAAAGACCAGCCUCAACCUUCUCAACAACCCAAGUCCAAGGAGAUAUUCACCUUGAAAGAACGCUCGCGCUCCAGGAAACGUAAAGCAGGCGAGACUGACACGAUAGAGGAUGAACCUGCCACUACUUCACCAAAUGUGGCUGACGACUCGGUUUCCAUAAACCAGGAUCAGGAAGUUGCUCACGAAGCAGCACAAACUCCUGACCCAGCAUAUGCAGACAAACGCCUAGCAAAGAAACAGAAGAAGGCGGAGAAGAAGGCCCGGAAACAGGCAGAGAAACUCGCUGCAGAACAAGCUGCUCAAGAAACCAAGCCUUUCGAUUACGCGGGAGCAGAAUCCUUGCUGACACCAGCUGCUCAACCGGCACCAAAUACUCAUGGUACAAAGAAGAUGAAUCCGUUUGCGAAAGCGCUAGACACCGGUACCGGGGCGAGGCGAAGCAAGAUGGGUAAAGAGAUGAGCGGAAAGUCUAUGACAUUCAAAUCGUAAAACUUAUUUCUUCAGAGCCUGAAGUGGAUUCGAUUUGGACUUGGACAAAAAAAGGCCGCUUAUACUUAAGCUUUGGGAGGGUGAGAUUGAUCUCUACUGGGAGGCGAAUACGCUGGCUUAUUUUUUCGGUCUAUUAUGCUCUAUGUCGUUUUGUGCUGCGGAGAGUUGCCUGGGUCUCGUAAGGAUCGAUGAUGAGACGAUGGAAUGCCUUGGACUUGACUGAGCAAAAAUGGGGACAGAGGCUCUCUCUCUCUCUCUCUCUCUCUCUCUCUCUCUCUCUCUGUCUGUCUUUUAGGGGCUCGUUUAGUCGUAGAAUAACGCCGGUAUGGUACGGUGCGGACAAGGUCCAAAAGUCAAGCAUUAGACAAGCUUGAACAAGCUCAAAUACAAAGUAAGCAUUAGUUAUGGGCAUAAGCACGGCGGCAAUGAAAAGACAUAUGGAGUGAUUAAGAUUAUGAUA